AUGGGUGGACAUCCUCGGGCCUCGCCGGCAUCACAUAGUACAACGUCAACGCGUCUGAAGCGCCAGCGGAUAGACGACUCCUUCACCGACACAGAGGAUCAACAAUCCCCCAUUGGAGAUGGAAAAUACAAGAAGAAGGUGAGGUGGGAUGGUGCAUCGCGAGACACAGAGGAGGGCGAAGGGGCGGCUAGUUCAGAAGAAACCGAUCGAGAGGGAAAAGUAAGCGCUCUGGAUGCGUUUACACCAAAUCUGACACGGCUACUUCCGAAUCAAGAUAUGCUUGACCGCCUCAUGCUUCAGCUCAUCCGUGUACUCAGCGGGAAGAUCGGCUGCGCUUACUACGAUCCUGUGAAAUGUAUCAUCCAUGCAUUAGAGGAUACACAAGAAAACCAUCAUUUCGACUUGACAAAAAUGCUGCUAAAUCAGAUCUCCCCCGACUUUAUACUCACAAGUUCCAAGGCCGACGACGAUUUCAUGAACGUCUGUCGUGAUUACAUGGAUGAGGCAGGCGGUAUGUUCCAGAUCAGGCCUCAUAAGGAUUUCUUACCGGGAAAGGGGCGCAAUCGCCUUCUCUCGCUGAAGCUGUUUUCCGACCUUUCUACGUAUGACAUAGAAGAAAGCCGCUCUGACAUAGAUUCUUCCUCGGAGCCGCGCAACGCUUACGACUUCAUGAAGAACAGAAGGGAUAUGGACGGAGAUCCUACCAUGCGACGGUGGAACGCGACUAUAAGAAUGUCUAACUUUGCAUCUGUGGAUGCUGCCCCUCUGUGUGUCGGAUCGAUGGGCGCGUUGCUCGAUCAUCUUGCUCGGGAAUGCGUUGCAGGGGACUUGGAAAAUGAAGGUGUAGGGGGAUUGAACAUCCUUGACAUCGAGGUGCUUUCGCUCGACACGGUGAUGCAGAUAAAUGCAGACGCCCUAUACGCCUUGCAGAUUUUUGAGAAUGAAAGCCACGCGUCCAUACACUCAGAUAAGACGAAGGAAGGCUUGUCUCUCUUCGGCAUUCUCAACAACACGAUGACCACCUUAGGACGCCGUCUGAUGCAGUCGUGGCUGUUACGGCCGUCUUUGUCUAUCGAUAUUAUCAAGGCGCGCCACGACGCAGUCGCAUGUUUUACUCGAUCUGAAAACCUCGUCGUUACAAAUGUGAUGCACAACCACCUCAAGGGGAUGAGGAACGUUCCUCGGAUACUGUCCAUGAUGAGGACGGGCAAAGCCGGAAUUGCAGAUUGGCAGGGACUCAUCAAGUUCACCUUCCAUUCUGCAUUGCUUCGAGACACAUUGAAGGACCUGAGCGCAAGUAACGACGUGGAAGUCAUUCAAAAGCUGGUCAUAGCUCUGGAUAUUUCUAAUUUCAAGGAAAUCGGUAGUGCAAUAAACGAAACGAUCGAUUGGGAAGAGUCUACAUUAUCUUCAAGGAUCUGCAUUCGUCCCCAUAUAGACGAGGAGCUCGACAAUCGAAAGCAUGUCUACAAUGGCAUAGACGCCGUUCUGUCGAAAGUGGCCCGGGACAUAAGCGAAACAAUUCCGACCAACUAUGUGACAUCCCUCAACGUUGUCUAUUUCCCCCAGCUAGGAUUUCUCAUUUGUGUCCCGAUGCUGGACGAAUGGAGGACGGACGAAGGAGUACAUGCUUUGGAUGACUGGACCUUUCAGGCACAAUCUUUCAAUUUGUCACAUGUCUAUUUUAAGAGCGACAAGAUGCAUGACUUGGACACCCAUAUAGGCGAUUUAUACUCUUCAAUCGUCGACCGGGAAAUCGAGAUCAUUCACGCUCUAAAGGAGAGAAUACUCGUCUAUGAUCAAGCCAUCACCAAGGCCUGUGAUACUUGUGCCGAAUUGGAUUGCUUACUUUGUUUUGCGAGUGCUUCCACCUCCUUCAAUUAUUGCAGACCCCGCAUGACCGAGGAGAACGUACUCCUCAUCAAGCGAGGACGCCACCCACUCCAAGAACAGAUCGUUGACGCUUUCGUACCAAAUGAUAUAUUUCUUGUGGGAGUACAUGCCUCGUCAGACGAUAAUGAUGAUAUGGGGGGAGGUUUGUUAGGAAACGGUGUUCUGAUUUGCACAGGAGCAAACGCAUGCGGCAAAAGUGUGUUUCUCAAACAGGUGCAAUCAUCUUUGAUGAUCGACCUAAAUCAAGUCUCUCUGGCUUUGCGGAACUCGACAGCUAGAUCUCUGAUCCUCUUGGACGAAUUUGGGAAGGGGACACUCUCUGCAGAUGGUGCAGGCCUCUUCUGUGGUGUAUUGAAGCACCUCAUCUCGCGUGGACCUGACUGCCCAAAGGUAGUAGCUGCAACGCACUUUUACGAACUGUUUCAAGAAGAAGGAAUAUUCAAUCCACGAAUUCUUCCUGUGUCAUUCGUUCAUAUGGAAGUCAUAUUUACGACGAGUGACGGAGACAUUAUAACAGCUAGCAAGCCACCUGAACAUGAUGGCGACGCGGAAAGCACAAACAGGAUCAAUCCCGGAGAAAAAAUAACGUAUUUGUACAGAGUGGCGUCAGGCCUCUCCUUGCAUUCUCAUGCUGCAAAAUGCGCAGAAAUAUUCGGGAUCCCACAUCUUAUCGUCCAGAGGGCUCAAUAUGUUAGCCAGUUGCUAGAGACACACAAUAUAACACAGCUCCUGGAUGAGGAGAUGACAGUGGAUGAACGGCAGGAUUUGGAAGAUGCGGAGGAGAUUUGUCGGCGGUUCCUGGCUUGGGAUAUCAGCAGUCAACUACAGGAGGAUCCCGAUGGCUUGAAGACGCGGCUGAAUGAAGUUCUGGGAAGAGCAACUGCAUGA